GCAGUCAGCACGCCCUGCCUUUGGCUAAUCAACAGCUGUUCUCACUGUGUCUUAAAUUUAAGAUCGUCUGAAUCAGAGAGCCCCCCGCGAGACUAAUGACUCGGCUGGUCGGGUUAAACGAGGACACCGCCGAUGUCCUUUACUCAUUAUGAUUCACUUCUAUCCUCUGCGUCUCUUUUUCUCUCUCUCGCUCUCACAUAAUUAUAUUAGUCUCCCCUUGGCUCCCCCUUGAGACGGGCCAUAGAGGAGCUCCUCAAGGAGACAGACAGAGCUAGGGUGAGAGCUGAGACUAUGGGCCCUGCAGGAUGGUUGAAAUGUCCUCUGCGGAGCACCAACAAACGCUUUCUCCUCAACACCCUGCGCUCCACUGGCAUGCAGCGGCGCAACGAUGAGCCGAGAACCACGGACUCCAAAACAAGAGGCCGCCUGACCCACAAGUCCCGUGACAGACGACGUGACCGCAGCAGAACACCUCCGACAGAUCAUGGGAGUAACGGACGCCACACAGACCAUAAACACCAUAGCCGCACAAACCGAGAUAAGGAACUGGACAAAGAUAAGAACAAAUAUGACAGACACAGGGACGACAGCAGAGACAGGAAGCAUGCCGAUGGACCCCACGGAGACAGAAAGAGAAAGACUUCAUGACUGAACUCGGUGUGUUUGAGAAGGAAGCCUUGACACUGUACUGAAAAAUUGAUUAGCUGGAGGAUUAACACUGACUUGAAAUAGUUCUUUACCAAAAAGACUAGAAGGACCUCUGCUGGUCACAAAACGUUGUAAAGACACAUAAUAUAACAUUUGUAUUACAGCUUAUUAGAAAUAUUUUAAAUUAAAGAAUAAAAGAAAAAAAAAUGUUUCCAGGCAUGAAUAAUUGAUCCCCUUACAAAUCUUUAUUUCCACCUGCAUGACACAUCAAGAAUACUUUAUAAGAUUUUAUCUAAAAAAAAAACAAUAUUAAAGCAAAUAUUUGCUGUAUUAGGUUCCACUUUGUAAAGGUGGCUGAAGCUCCAUUAUAAUGUCAUUACCAUUCUUUUGUGGUUAUCCGCUAGUCGUGUUUACAUAAGCCAUGCUGCUGUCGCCAAAGGGUAAACAAAUUUUAUACUGUGUCUAAUGUUUUGAAAUGUGCACACCAGCUAUCAGAACUGCUCUUGUUUGUCAAAGGAGAAAAGCGGUUUCCUUACACUCCUAGUUGUGGUUUAUGUCCUCAAGAGGCUGUAAUAGUGAUUAAUAAAAAUGUAAAAAACAUGAUUCCCAUCAUUCUGGA